UAUUCGAUUGUUUGCGGUCCCGGUGACUCAUCCUAUUUACCACUUUGACGCUUUGCGUUCGUUCGAAUGGCGUUAAUUUCAAAUUCAAACACGAUCUCGUCUAUAUAAGCGACCCGCCGUUAUCGUAGCGAAAAACGAGUUGUCAGCAUGUCCAAGUUGAUAUCGUUUAUUUGCGUGUUCGCGCACGCGCACCCGCUCGAAGGCGUCGCUCAGUUACCGGCUAUUUCAUCGUCCGACAUUCAAGAGAAAAAUAAAUCGAGUCACAUCCAAUCGCUAAUUCCAGGCGCGGAACAGGUUGACGUGAAAGGAUUAGAAGAUACGCUGAAUGGUACGGCCGGCAGGCGGAACGUAAGAGACGAAGGCGACCUGCAGAAAGGCCCUCCCACGAACCCGCAUGACUUAAACGCGGGUACCGCCGUGCCUCAAACGUACUUGUUAUCCAAGAGAAUUGUUGCCGAUGCUGGCAACGCCAGUUCAUCCGAAGGAGGAAUCGCUCAGGUUGAAUUCGCAGUUUUCGACUACGCCAACAGCGACACUCAAAAUUCCAGCUCGAGCGAGAAAAGAGGCGACGAUAACGCCCGAUCUCAAUCGGAUAAAAACGACAACACGUCGGACGAAUCCAAUUCAAGCGAGGAACAAAGGCAUAAUGUCACAAAGAGAGAGACUAGGGUGACGAUAGAGAAGCUGGACGACCUCAGACCGUCCGCCGUUUAUUUUGAGGUUGACGGUGGAAGUGAGGUUAGGGUGAGAAGAGAAACGCCUCGAGUAUCACCCGGGGGUAAGGUAAAAGGUCGGCCGGUUAAAGCGCCCGUGCGCCAAGGUCCGCUUCCUCAGAAGGCUCAUGAAACUAGAAGAGUUAGGGAUACGAAUCACGCGCAAAGUACAGAAAGGGCCCCUCCCGGCAAAACUGUACUUAUAGAUGAAGGAGGUUUGGUCGCGACUAGUGCCGAAAAUGCGACGACACGAGUAGGAGGAGCAGGGACUUGGCCCAAGGUGACUUAUUUUUAAACGUCCUCAUGUUGCCAAAUAAAAAUAUUUUAUUUUUUAUUAGAAAUCCGUUUGUUUUACUACAGAUACGCGGUUGGUAGUUUUGUAAUGUUAGAGGUCCCUAAAUAAUUAAAAGCCUGCGAAAAUGUUUUCUUGUAUUUUAAUAUGU